UAUGUAAGAUAUUUCACACCCGCUAAUCCAGCUGUCUAGUGUAGAGCCGUCUUCGCUGCUGUUCCACCCUCUCUCGUCGUCUUCACCGAUUUCAUCGUCUCUCCAACCCAUCGCAACACAUCUAAACGUCGCAGCGAAAUUUUCACAACGUCCGCCACCGCAACACAAACGAGAGCAACGAAUCACGUCGAUUGGAAUGCCCGUUCGGUGACACCGGCGUGUCACAAACAUCCGUAGAGACAGCGAAACGAGAAUGCGGGCAGAUAGAGAGCGAAGAGAGCGACAGGGCUUUGCUGUUCUUACUUUCGUCGUUGUAUUCGGCACGUUCAUUGUGCAAACUAACGGAGAUGACACGUGCACCUGCGUCAUGGACGACUGCUUCGAGUGUCCAUGCAAUAACACGAAGAGUAGUGUCCACUGUAAUAUCAACUUUGGGUGUAUUACAUGCCAACAGGACAACAAUAUCUCAACUUGUGCUACCAUGAAUGCCUUUCAACUGUGCUCAUCUCUGACUGUUACUGCGUCAUCGAUUGAACAACUGAAUACGCCAGCGACGACUUCUCUAUACCCGACGUCACAUCUCGUUCUCUCUUCGACGCACACGUCAACUAAAGCCACGAGCAUGUCGACUGUGGCCGACAUGUCAAGCUCCAGUUCACACAGGACGUCAACAGUAGUACCGACGUCUCUCACGUUUAAGACUUCUAUGCCAACGGUGAACACAUUGGCGACCGUCAGUUUGUCUGCGAGUUUGUCUGUGUUGUUUACGGCGACGAGUACAGCAACUAUGUCAUCAACCGUGCAGAUGCAGGCGUCACCUUCUAGUUCGUCGGUAUUGUCGUCGACUGUUGCAUUUACCUCGUCAUCGGUGUUUGUGUUGACGCCGAGUAGAGUGACCAUGCAGUUGUUGAGUCCUACGCCUGUAUUGACGGAAGUUGUGAGACCUCCUGCUGUGACAUCAUCAACAGCUGUGACAUCAUCAACAGCUGUGACAUCAUCAAGAGCUCUACCCACAUUGUUGACUCCGAAAGAUUCGAGCAGCAGUGGCAGUGGCGUAAACAUCAUCGUCAUCAUAGCCCCCAUUGCGAUUAUCAUCAUCGUCAUCGUCAUCGCCAUGUCUAUCUACUACUGGUGCCACAGACGGCAGCGUCUCAAAGCAGCCAUGUAUGAGGUGACGGCCGUUUACUACAAUACAGACUCCCCCCGCAACACGGGUGCUCACUUCGUGAACGACCGAGUUUUCCUCGAUCGAGAAGAGAGCAGACGCGGAGGCUCACUGGGUAAACACUCACGAAGAGGAGACGAACGAGCGAAUGGAAGACAAGUUGUUGAGAAGAAAAACAGUAUGCAAAACAACAGUAGCAAUCAUUAUGCCAAGGAAGUAGUAGACCCAGACUUAUCGUCGAUGGAGUCAACUCACAUAUAGUUACAGGUAGUUGGUAUAUGCAAGUAUGAGUCGUGAUUUUUAGCUGUAGUUUUUAUUGUGGUGGGGCUGUGGCUUGGUAUGUGUGGAUGGUUGGUUAUUACUCUAAAUUUGGUAAGAGACAAAGUGACGUGAUGCAUGGCUUUAGGAAUUAGGUGAUUAUAUUAGAUUGGAUGGAUG